GUGUGGCCCCAGAAGUGCCACCUGUCAGUGCUCAUCAGUGCCACGUGCCAGUGCCCAUCAGUGCCACCCAUCAGUGCCAGUCAGUGCCACCUAUCAAUGCCAAUCUAUGCUACCUAUCAGUGCUGCCAAUCAGUGCCACCUAUCAAUGCCAGUCAGUGUCGCUUAUCAGUGUGCAUCAGUGCCAGUCAGUGCCGCCUAUCAGUGCCAGUCAGUGCUGCCUAUUGGUGCCGCCUAUCAGUGCCAUAUAUUAGUGCCAUGUAUCAG